AUGUGUCCCCCCCUUCCCCUCUUGUCCUUUUAUUCCGCUCACCACACAAACCCAAUUCAAACCUCCGAAUCCGAUUCAGCUCUCAAGCUAAAAACACUAUUAUUCAACAUCUUCUCGAUUUCUUCUUCUCUCUCGGAAGGAUCGAUGGGGGCGAGCUUGAUGCUGUUUUACGGGUUUGUGCUACUGCUCGUUGCGGGAACAUGCACGGCGGCCACCAUCGGCGGCGACGAGAUGCUUCUGGACACCUCCAGAUUGAAGAUGUUUGUGGAUGAGGUUCCAGAGAUGCCGACGAUUCGCGGCUACAGAGUCGUCAAUGGCUCCUACGAAUCAGCGGCCCUCAAGAUCGGCAUGUUUCGCAAGGACUGGAAAUUCCACAGAGACCUCCCUCCGACACCAGUCUUCGCCUACGGUACAUCCAAGCACACCGCAACAGUCCCCGGCCCGACAAUCGAGGCCAUCGGAGGCGUCUCCACCCACGUGACGUGGACGAAUCACCUCCCUCCGAGCCACAUCCUCCCGUGGGACCCUACCAUCCCGACGGCCAUGCCUGUUGCAAAGAAGGGCAUUCCUACGGUAGUGCACCUCCACGGUAUGAUCGGUGGACCCGAGAGCGACGGGCACGCUCACUCGUGGUUCACCAAUGGAUUCCGAGAGACGGGACCCACUUGGACGACCAAAACUUACCACUACCCGAACGUUCAGCACCCGGGGAGCCUCUGGUACCACGAUCACGCCAUGGGAUUGACACGUGUCAACUUACUGGCCGGUUUGAUCGGAGCCUACGUCAUCCGGGACCCAAAGACCGAAUCCGAGCUCCGACUACCCUCCGGCAACGAGUUCCAUCGACGGCUGGUUAUUUUCGAUCGCAGCUUCCUCACCAAUGGUUCCAUAUACAUGAACUCCACCGGAAACAACCCCGACAUUCACCCGCAGUGGCAGCCGGAGUAUUUUGGGGACGCGAUCAUCGUCAACGGGAAGGCGUGGCCGCGAAUGUCAGUACGGCGUCGCAAGUACCGGUUCACGAUCAUCAACGCCAGCAACGCCAGAUUCUUCAGGCUGUUCUUCAGGAACGGGUUGAGAUUAAUCCACGUGGCAGCUGACUCAGCUUAUUUGGAGAAGCCGGUGGUGGCCACCCACACCUUAUUGGCUCCGUCCGAGAUUAUCGACUUCGUGGUUGACUUCUCAUACUCGAGAUCGGACUCGGUCAUUCUAGCCAACGACGCGCCGUAUCCGUACCCGUCCGGGGAUCCCGUGAACGACGCCAACAGCGUGGUGAUGAAGUUCAACAUUCGAAAAGAACGGGAGUACGACACGUGGCGGGUGCCGAGGACGCUGAUCAAGUACCCGUCCCCGAAUGUAUCCGGCGCGGUGAGGUCACGGUACAUUGCGAUGUACGAGUAUGCAAGCGCAGCGGACGAGCCGACGCAUCUCUACAUCAACGGCAGAUCGUUCGAGGCGCCGGUGACCGAGAUGGCGAAAGUGGGGACCAGUGAGGUGUGGUACGUGAUUAACCUGACGGAGGACAACCAUCCUUUGCACGUCCAUUUGGGGCUGUUUACGGUGAUGGAGCAGACGGAGCUGGUGAACGCGGAGGAAUUCAAAGAGUGCAUGAACAAGUUGAACGACGCGAUGAGGUGCCACGUGGAGAGGUACGCCCGCGGGAAGAAGAUCAGAGUGCUUCCCCAUGAGAAGGGGUGGAAGAACGUGUACAAGAUGAUGCCCGGGUUUGUGACCAAAAUUUUGGUGAGAUUUGCUUACAUACAUUCCACUCAGCCCUACGUGUUCAAUGCCACUGCGGAGCCUGGUUACGUGUACCAUUGCCACAUAUUGGACCACGAAGACAACGUUAUGAUGCGACCACUGAAAUUAGUGGUUUGA